UCUCAUGGGCCUAGCGGGCUGAACCUUAUGUUUCCCCUGCCUGCUGCUGCUGCUGCGAGCCGAGGUCAGGUCGGCUACAGUGCACAUUGCUAAACGCUCCCGCCGUCUCGCGAGCCGCCGCCGGGUCCUUACGCAAGUCCGCGACGUGCAUCGCCUGGAGAGGCUCCCGUCUCGCCGCCCUGGGGAUCCCAUCUCAUCUGUGCAGCCGCGCGUGGCCCAAGGGAGCCAGAAGCUAAGAGUUAGAGAGGCGCGUGAUGUCUUCAGAGGAGGCGAGGGCAAGCUUUUCGGAGUUGGUGGUUGGUUCGCCAACCCGGACAGAGGGCGAAACUUAUUCUUCAGGUGAUAUGUCGUCUGAGGAGGGUGCACACGUCACUUGUUUCACAGAGGAUCUUCACGAUGUAACACUUCACUUUCAGAUAGUGAGGUUUUCUAAACAGAUAUACGUGUGGGUUGGAUGCAACACAGCAAAGUUUGGCCAUUUAUAUGCUGCUGCAACCACUAGACCGGAUAACAGAGUGAGUGUUACCUCUGUACUAGGAGGAACAUCUGAUAACACCGGUUCAAGUAUGGCUCGCCGUCUAGUGCUGAAGACUGGCCUGAACAUAGUCCUGGCAUGCAACAUCCCAAAGGACAGCCCCAUACUUGAGGUACUUACAGGCUGCUGCGGAGAGGAAGCUGGUUGAGAAGCUGAAAGGUUUGGGCUACAUUAAAACCCCAGCUGUGGGGGCUAACACUUCCUCGGCACAAUGAUCCGUGGUGUGAUCUAGUGAGCUUUCGGUCGACGUGUAGCUUCAUCACUACAUCCAGCAGAGAGCGGUUGUGAUUUUUGGCGGGCUUUGACUGUGCUACCUGUUCUCUCAUGUGGCAAAAGGUUAUUGUGAACAUGUUCGUUGUGAUGUACUCCGCCCUAAAAUAAACCCCCUUCGUAUUUCAAGGAGAAACAAUCUUAAUUCUGACUAAAUAUAUACCAAAAAUACUGAUAUUUAUGAUA